AACCUUCAAUUCUUCACUUCCAUCCCCUCUUUAUCAUACCUACCUACAUACAAAUAAAUAUCUAUCUCUCCACACAUCUCCACUAAACCAAAUCCGAAGUCCAAAAAACCCUCAUUCUUCCAAUAAGACGAAAUACUUUUAACAAACUAUCAGCCCAAAUAAAAAAACACUCCCUCCACCGGUGAAGACGUUCAUUAGAAGUAUUAGCUUUUCCUUCGUUUGACUCCAACAGGGCUGAGGGAAGCCCUCCAUCAUUAAAAAGGACUCAAAAAAAGAGUCAAUUACUACUGCUGAGCAGUCCAAGAUAAAAAAAAAAGUUUGCCCGGCCUAACGGCUUGCGCUGCGUGAGGUAUGUAUGCAUAUGGAUAUCUAGACCGCUCUAUCUUCAUAUAUCCAUCAUCGCGCUAAUUAAUGCAUUACAUAGUCUCGGAACAUAUAGGUUUGCUUAAUUGCAAUACUUUCAAUCGACGACAUUUCCGAACUCUUCUAGCAUUCAUAAUGCUGUCUAAUCCAUCCAACAACCUUCAAAAUCGACAUCGGCAACACAGACGACAAAAUUCGACCCCGACCGCGUUCGAUGCAGUGAAGGCAAAUAACCUGCCACCGGUCCAAAGGCAUGCCCACAGACGUGGGAUGAGCCUGGAUACGCGACCACGACCAAUUCAACAGCAGGCACAAGCGGUAAGUAAUACUAACGUAGGAUAUCAGACGACACCACAGCAUAUUUUGCGAGAGACGCAGCAGCAGAGACUGGUUCGCCCGGGCCAGCAGCCAUUUUCAAUUUACGACAAUGACGAGAAUCAAUUUGUUUCACCACUCGUCACCCCACACAGACAAUCGUUUGAUGCCGGAUGCUCGAACCCAUAUGAGGUACAACAACAACAACAUCAACACUCAUAUUCAUAUUCCGGUCCCAUGAACCCGAUAAUACCAGUCGACCCGAACUUCAACGGGGGCAAUGACUUUGACUUUUUCGCUACAAACACAGCAAUGACACCGACAUUCAUGGAAUUCUUUAACGAAUCCGAGAUACACAGUGUCAAUUCACAGCCAAGUUCUGCAAAUCACAGCAGAAGAUCAUCGAGGAGGAUUAGUGGUGCAAUCUUAGAUAGGGUUGCUCAAUUCGAGAAUCUAGCUUUGAAAUCGCCGCAAAGGCCUCUUACACCUCCAAAUGCAAACUCUACCAGUAAGUCGUCGUUCUAAUCUAACAGACAUGUUCUGAUCGCUCUAGAUUACUUUCCUCCCGCUCCUUUGGAUAGCCCAUUCAACCGGACAAUCAAGCAGGAGCACAUCCCACAAAGAUUUCGUGAUGACUAUGAUACAUCUAUGGAGGAGACGAUUAAGCCUAAAAGUAAUCAGAGAGCUAAGAAUGUUUUCGACGACAUGAGACGAGAAGCUGAGAUGAAAGCCGUAUCCACCCCACCAGGAUCUGGACCCGUACCCACUGCCAGCACAUAUGACUCCGCACCAAUGCCAACAUCGAAUUUCAUGAACAUGUCAACUAUUAACCUCGAUUUUAUGAAAAAUGAUCCACAAUUUCAAACGGCCCAAUACUCACCGACUUCUUCAAAUGUUUCACAAGAUCUAUCAUAUCCCUCAUCUCCAGAACAAUCUCGGAGGAAUGUCUUUACAGAUCCUUUUACCAACAGACCAAUCUUAGAAGCACCAGACGUAUCGCCUUACCCCAUGUCCAAUUACUCUCACGGUCUUCCAGCUUCAGAGCCAGCUUGUAGUUCUCCGGCUCAAUCUUACCGACGAUCCGAGUCAGUAUCGAGUAUCAACCUCGAAGAGUCAAUUACGGAUACCGGAAUCACGAUUGAUGAUAUUGCUACCUACAUCCAAGCACCCGAACCUGGUGAUACAAAAUGGCUUUGCCUGUAUCCAGAAUGUGGUAAGCGAUUCGGUCGCAAGGAGAACAUCAAGUCACAUGUCCAGACCCAUCUUGGCGACAGGCAGUUUCAAUGCCCACAUUGCCACAAAUGCUUCGUGCGACAGCAUGACCUCAAACGACAUGCAAAAAUCCACAGUGGUGUAAAGCCUUAUCCAUGUCAAUGUGGAAACAGUUUUGCCAGACACGAUGCUUUGACUCGUCACAGACAGCGAGGUAUGUGCAUUGGUGCUUUUGAAGGCGUGGUCAAGAAGACAGUCAAAAGAGGUAGACCAAGGAAGAAUCGACCCGACGAUGAAGAACGACUCGGUAAAGCAUCUCGAACUCGAAGCAAGAACAAGAUGAGCCCAUCAGAAACAUCAUCGGAAUACUCGGAAAGUGCAUGCGCUCAGUCACCUCGCAGUGAUCUGGAUGUCCUUGACGAUAAACCCUUUGGAGAUUAUGGCUAUUCUCAAAGCUCUUUGGCCACACAUGACAGCUAUGAACUCUCUAGGGAAAGGUCCUCAUCAGUUGCGGCAUCAAUAUCCUCAAUCUCUUCAAUGACAUCAAUUGCAGAAUGCGUAGAGCCAAACGCGAUACAAACAAGACAUGCAGCAUCAGCAUUCCGCAGUCGUCCCAACCUCUCUGAGCAUCUUCCGUCAAAUCCUGGAUCACCCACCAAAUCUGCGCAGAGCAACUACUCCCCGCCAGGUUUGUGCCCAUCGUCUUCUUCACCCACAGCGAGCGCCAAUUACUAUGAUCUAGACGCUGUCUCAAACAGUGGUGAACUUAGUAAUCUACCAAACAUCACUGAGCAAGAUGAUAUGUUUUUGGAGGCAUUUGCUGCCACAGCUAGCACUGGUAUUACACAACUCGAACGUGAUCCUGAUCUUUUGAUAGGGAAAUUCGACAGCAUGUUCAGCGUCGCAGCUGAUAAUUCUACAAUGUUCAGAAAUGAAGAGGAUGUAUUCUUUGGCAGUCCAGGAGAGUGAUAUUUCGGAUACUUCUACCCACUCGUUUGGAUUAAAAACUGUACAUUAUAAGGAUGCGUGGACUUCUGGGAUCGGAUAAAAACGGAUGGUGUUGAAUAGGUACAGGAUUGAGGAUAUUUUCUGGGUUGGGUUACGGAUUAUUCAUCUAUCCAUUUUUUAGGCGUUGUUCAUAUGUAAUUUUUGAUUUAUUGUUUUAUUUAGUUAUGAGAAUGAGAAUGAGAAUGAGGGAGGGGAUGGGAAUGAGGUGACGAGAUGAUGAUGAGGUUUGGGUGGAAGGGAGGCAUAUGAAAGUGUUCAGUAAUAAUAUCAAUUUCAAGGAGAACGUUUAUUAUCAUCUAUUUCGUCAAGAAACUAGUAUCUUAUCAUCUGAACAUUGUAAUUGGUCCAUA